UCGUAGCUACUUUCAUUCGCUAAACAGUUAUUUGACAUAUGCCAGAUUUUGUAUUACGGGAUUAGUGAUUGAUUGACAGAGUUGGGAAAGGAUGUAUCGAACGGAAAGCAGUGUCAAGCAGUAAUAAAUCACGUGAAAAUGUGGUGGUAGUGAUGCGUUUAAAAGGGAAAAACAACACAAAAUCUUUUCACGGCGUCUACAAGGUGCUUUCGCGUAUAUGUCGAACUGCAGAUAAAGGACAACUUGAUGGUUUCAUGGCGGAUGGUGCGGUGCCACCAAUAAAGAAUGGCCAUAACUGUAACAAUAUGGGUUUUGCAACACAAGCAGUAAAACAGACAUCCGAUGUCUCCAAUAUUGUUUAUGCUGUGGGCCAAUAUGCUCCAAAAGUAUUAAGAAACUUAAAUGCCCAAAGACUGAAGAAUCAAUUCAGUGAUGUGGGCUUGGUUGCCGGUGGUAGUGUCAUUAGAGCACAUAGGUCAGUUCUGGCCGCUGGAAGUGCAUAUUUCAAUGCAAUGUUCACUGGAGGUCUGGUGGAGGAACAACAGGAGUUAGUAGAAAUUCAUUCGUUGUCAGCUAAUAUUCUUUCCCUCCUGGUGGAUUUCAUUUACACUGGGAACAUUGACAUUACCCAGGACAAUGUUCAAGAAUUAUUUGCAGCAGCUGAUAUGUUAGAAUUGGAUGAAGUGGUGUUUGGUUGUAUUACGUAUUUGAAACAACAACUUCAUCCUUCUAAUGCUCUUGGGAUUUACAGAUUCGCGGAAGCACAUAACAGACUAGAUCUUUUGGAGACUGCCCUACGCUUUAUACAAGUCAAUUUUCCUCAAGUAUCUCAAGAGGAGGAAUUUUUGGACCUGCCAAAAGAACAUCUCGUUCAUUUUCUCAGUAGUGAUUAUAUUCAUAUUGAUACUGAAUUCCAGGUCUUCCAAGCUGCAUACAAUUGGAUCGUUCACGAUAUACCAACAAGAAGGUGUUAUGUAUUCGAAAUAUUAAGUCACAUACGUUUACGGCUGUGUUCAUUAGCACGAUUGGAACGUGUAAUCUUGGAAUGCAAAGAUGCGAGUCUUAUCGUCGCGUUGAGAUCUAUACAAAAGGAUUUAGUGUCGAACAAAGGAUGUCUUGUGCCCCUUCAUGCGCAUCCUAGACUCUGCGCGAAGAAGAAUAUUUUGGUGAUCGGUGGAUCGCGGCGCGAACAUUCAGCGAACAGCUGGGGCAGAGCUGCUGAAAGUACUUACGAAACGAUUGAAAAAUACGACAUAUUCACUGGCAAGUGGAGUGAAGUAGCGCCCAUAGGUAUAGGACGAAUACUACCAGGAGUGGCACUGUUAGACGGCAAAGUGUAUGUCGUUGGUGGGGAACUCGAAUCAUGUAUUAUUGCCAAUUGCGAAUGCUAUGAUCCACGCGAUAACGUUUGGACUUCGAUUGCCUGUAUGGAAGUACCCAGGUGUGAAUUUGGACUGUGUGCCUUGGAUAAUAGUUUAUACGCAUUUGGCGGUUGGGUUGGCAACGAUAUUGGUGGAUCGAUAGAAAUAUACGAUCCGAUAACUAAUUCUUGGACACUCGAUGAACAACUUCCGGAACCUCGGUUCAGUAUGGGAGUAGUUGCUUAUGAAGGACUAAUAUACAUCGUAGGUGGUUGUACACUGAAUAGUAGACACCGUCAAGAUAUGAUGAGUUAUAACCCAGUGACUAGAGAAUGGUCUUAUUUAGCACCAAUGCUCACACCACGUUCACAGAUGGGGAUCACCAUAUUAGAUGGUUAUCUGUACGUUGUUGGUGGCACUAAUAAAAAUCAAGAGGUUUUGACAUCCGUUGAACGAUAUUCGUUCGAGAAGAAUAAAUGGAACACCGUGGCCCCCAUGAAUAUAGGCAGAUCGUAUCCCGCGGUUGCAGCAGCCGACAGUCGACUGUACGUGAUAGGGGGCGAUCAGUCUCAGGAAAUCAAUUUUUAUCGAACACAAAUCACAAUUUCUACCGUGGAAUGUUACGAUCCUCAUUCGAAUAAAUGGGACGAGUGUGCUUCGUUGCCAACAAGCAGGGGUGAAGCAGCGGCGAUUGUUGCACCCUUUUGAUUCAAAUUUCCUUUCAAUAUUAACGUUAAGUGUGUUGAAUGGAUUUUAUAUCAACGUAUACUCGUGCGCGUUUCUGUUCGCAUUCCAGAUUGAUACUCGAAUAUCUAUUUAAACUUGCAUAGUCGUGAACGCGGUAUCAAACGAGAAACAUGUUUUUUGACUGUCUUCUUUUACGUCGUAUAUACACAUAUAUCAUUGAACGUAUAUAUAUAUACACACAUA